AUGUUACACUUGCACCAUUCUUGCUUGUAUUUCAGGACUCGCCUGGCCGUCACCUUUGCUGUGUUGCUGGGUUUGAUGUCUCCUGCCUGCAGUGACAUAUCGGGCUCGUGGCCAAAUGUGCUUCUCAUGAUGGCUGAUGACCUUGGCAUCGGCGACAUCGGCUGCUAUGGCAACACCACCGUCAGGACCCCAAAUAUUGACCGCCUGGCAGAGGAGGGAGUGAUAUUAAUUCAGCACCUGGCUGCCGCGUCCAUGUGCACCCCAAGCAGGGCUGCAUUUCUCACAGGCCGAUACCCUAUUCGAUCGGGGAUGGUUUCCAGCAACGGUCUCCGUGUACUACAGUGGGUGUCAGUAUCUGGAGGACUUCCGAAAAAUGAGACGACUUUUGCAAAAAUAUUGAAAGACAAAGGCUAUGUCACUGGGAUCAUAGGGAAGUGGCAUCUGGGUCUUAACUGUGAAUCGGCCACUGACCACUGCCACCACCCUCUCAGUCAUGGGUUCGACCACUUCUAUGGAAUGACCUUGUCCAUGAUGGGUGACUGUAUUGGCUUUGACCUCUCCGAGAAGCGUGUGGGCCUCCAACGCCGACUCCGCUUCUGCCUUCAAGUGGUGGCGCUGGCCGUCCUCUCGCUGGCCGCAGGGAAGGUCAUGGGCCUGGCCUCUGUCCCGUGGGCACUGGUCAUUGGGUCGGCCGUGGCAGCUCUACUGAUCCUCAUUGCCUCAUACUUCCUGGGUCCCCUGAUUGUUCACGCUGACUGCUUCCUCAUGAGAAAUCACACCAUCACUGAGCAGCCCAUGAAGUUCCAGAGAACAGCGUCACUUAUGCUGCGGGAAGUCUCGUCCUUUCUCAAAAGAAAUAAGCAUGGACCUUUCCUUUUGUUUGUUUCCUUCUUACAUACACACAUCCCUCUUGUCACCACUGAGAAAUUCCUUGGAAAAAGUCUCCAUGGGCUUUAUGGGGACAACGUGGAGGAGAUGGAUUGGAUGGUGGGAAAGAUCCUUGAUUAUUUGGACAAGGAAGGUUUGAGCAACAGCACUCUAGUUUAUUUUACAUCAGAUAAUGGGGGAUCCUUGGAAUAUCAGCUUGGAAACCACCAGUAUGGAGGCUGGAAUGGUAUCUAUAAAGGAGGAAAGGGCAUGGGCGGCUGGGAAGGUGGCAUCCGCGUGCCCGGGCUCAUUCGCUGGCCCGGGGUGCUGUCGGCCGGCCGGGUGGUGGCCGAGACCACUAGCCUCAUGGACAUAUUCCCCACCGUGAUCCAGCUGGCGGGCGGGGCAGUGCCCCAGGACAGAGUGAUCGACGGCCGAGACCUGCUGCCUCUGCUCCUGGGGACAGCCCAGCACUCAGGUCACGAGUUCUUGCUGCAUUACUGUGAGAAGUUUCUGCAUGCAGCCCGGUGGCACCAGCCAGACACCGGAACAGUGUGGAAAGUCCACUACAUUACCCCGAUAUUUCAGCCAGAGGGAACUGGUGGCUGCUAUGGGAGAAUCAUGUGCCCAUGCUUUGGGGAAGGUGUCACCCGGCAUGACCCACCUCUGCUAUUUGACCUCUCGAGAGACCCUUCCGAGACCCAUGUCCUUACUCCGGCCACGGAGCCCAUGUUCCAUCAGGUGAUUGCCCGAGUCCAGCAGGCAGUGGAGAGACACCAGCAGACACUCAGCCCUGUCCCCCUGCAGCUGGAUGAGCUGAGGAACAUCUGGACCCCAUGGCUGCAGCCCUGCUGUGGCCGGUUCCCCCUGUGCUGGUGUGACAGAGAAGAAGACCCAAAUGUUUAGCCAUCUGGGGGGGGGGCGGGGGCGCUGGGGCCUGGUCCUUGGAUUCAAAAGAAGCCUUCACUUUGGAGUCAUGAAGGCAGCUGUGAAGGGCGCCACC